CAACCUUCCCGGGUUUCCUUAAAAGCCACGUUUCUCUCUCUCUCUCUCUCUCACACACACACUUUCUCUCUCCCCAAACAGCAAUAUAUAGGGGGCUUCUCCGUUUCCUCCUAAUGCUUUUCUUUCUCAAUAUCUCUUCAUCAUCUCUCAGGGCAUCUAAGCUCCGUUGGCUGCGAGUUGAAGUGGCUAUAAGUAUAGAGAAUUUGCAGCGAAUUAUUCAGUUUCUCUGAUUUUCAUGGAAAAUUUUCCUGGGCUGGGAAAGGAGGAAGAACACAUGGAGUUGCCACCUGGGUUUCGAUUUCACCCCACCGACGAAGAGCUGAUCACACACUAUUUAUCCAAGAAGGUUCUGGACAGCAACUUCUCGGCGAGAGCGAUCGGAGAGGUGGACUUGAACAAGGUUGAGCCUUGGGAUUUGCCAUGGAAAGCGAAAAUGGGGGAGAAAGAGUGGUACUUUUUCUGUGUGAGGGACAAGAAAUACCCAACUGGGUUGAGGACGAACAGGGCCACGGCUGCUGGGUACUGGAAAGCCACCGGAAAAGACAAGGAAAUUUUCCGGGGAAAAUCCCUGGUUGGCAUGAAGAAAACCCUGGUUUUCUACCGGGGCAGAGCUCCCAAAGGCGAGAAAACCAAUUGGGUCAUGCACGAAUACAGAUUGGAAGGCAAAUUCUCCGUUCAAAACCUCCCCAAAACUGCCAAGAAUGAGUGGGUGAUCUGUAGGAUUUUUAAGAAGAGUUCCGGCGGGAAGAAAAUCCAUAUCCCGGGGUUUCCGAGGGCGAAUUCGAUCGGAGACGAACUGGGACCUGUCCUGCCGCCAUUGAUGGACUCUUCACCUUACGGAAACAGAGCCAAAGCUGCUCAAGCUUCCGAAUCAGUCCACGUGUCCUGCUUCUCCAAUCCCAUUGAUUACAUCAACAAUCCCCUAUUCGCCGCCGCCGCUUCCAACCCUCCAGAAAUUUUCCCGAGAAUCCCCCAAAUUCCAAAUUCGCUCUACUCGGUCCAAGCCCCUCCUAUUCAAUCCAAUCUCCAGUUCCAGCCGUCGCUCUCAAUGCAGGACCAGGCGAUUCUGAGGGGAUUUCUCGAAAGCUACGGCCCGGCCGCGAAGCCGAAUCUGAAAACGGAGAAGGACAUGAUCAGCGCCUCACAGGAAACGGGCUUGAGCAACGACAUGAACACUGAGAUCUCGUCGGUGAUUUCGAACGUCGAGAUGAGGCGGCGGCCGUUUGAGGAUCAUGAAGCUCCGUCGACUUCGGCGGGGCCGGUCGACCUCGAUUAUCUCUGGAGUUAUUGAAGAAAAAGCAGACUGGGGGGCAGACAGAAGAAGAUGGAUGAUGUAAGAUCGAUGCAGAAAAUGGUUCCUAUUAUUGCCUGAAUUUGAUUGUGUGGGUGCUCUCUGUAUAGAAAGUUAUAUUUUCUGAUAAAACCUAAGGGGACACUGAAGAUAGUGCUGCAGAGUGGUUCUAUGUAUUGCAUCAGAGUAUAGCAUUUGAAUGGUUAUUUAUUUUUGUGUUCCAU